AUGCUGCCAACUGCCGUCCUGCUGGUCUUGGCAGUAUCUGUGGUCGCCAGAGAUAACACCACGUGUGAUGGCCCCUGUGGGGUACGGUUCAGGCAGAACCGGCAGGGGGGCAUGCGGAUCGUCGGCGGCCAGGACGCCGCCCACGGGUCCUGGCCCUGGAUGGUCAGCCUCCAGAUCUUCACCUACCACAACAACCGGCGGUACCACGUGUGCGGGGGCUCCUUGCUGAACUCCCACUGGCUGCUCACUGCUGCUCACUGCUUCAGGAUCAAAAAAAAAGUGACCGACUGGAGGCUGAUCUUUGGAGCUAAGGAAGUUGAGUGGGGGAGCAAUAAGCCAGUGAAGCCGCCUCUGCAGGAGAGAUAUAUUGAGAAAAUCAUCAUUCAUGAGAAAUACUCUGCGAGCUCAGAGUCCAACGACAUUGCUCUCAUUAAGAUCACCCCGCCUGUUACCUGUGGGCACUUCGUUGGACCAGGCUGCCUGCCUCACUUUAGGGCAGGCCCACCCAGAGUUCCCCAGACAUGCUGGGUGGCUGGCUGGGGAUUCUUACAAGAGAAUGCCCGCAGGACAUCACCCGUACUGCAGGAAGCACGCGUGGACCUUAUCGACCUCGACUUAUGUAACUCGACCAGAUGGUACAAUGGGCGCAUUCGUUCAACCAACGUGUGUGCAGGGUACCCUGAAGGCAAGAUUGACACCUGCCAGGGGGACAGCGGCGGGCCUCUCAUGUGCAAAGACAGCGUGGAAAACAGCUAUGUGGUCGUGGGAAUCACAAGCUGGGGGGUAGGCUGUGCCCGAGCUAAGCGCCCCGGAGUCUACACGUCUACCUGGUCCUAUCUGAACUGGAUUGCCUCCAAGAUAGGCUCUAACGCGGUGCACAUGAUUCAGUUGCCCACCGCUCCCCCUGCUUCUACUCCAGUAGCCCAAGCGAGCCCUGGCUCUGUUCAGCCUUCCAUUCGCCCACCUUGGUUCUUCCAACACGUUCCUCGCCCACCUCCCUCUCAGCAAGCUCUUGCCGUGGCCCAGCCCCCACGUCCCUCCGGCUCCCAACCCUCAGUCCCACCUCCCCCCCGACGCCCACGCCCACGCCCACCCCCACCGCAGCCUCCCACUAGGCCUCCCCAGGUACUCUCCUUCGCCAAGCGACUGCAGCAGCUCAUAGAGGUCUUGAAGGGGAAGACCUUUCUUAAUGAAAAGAGCAAUUAUGAAAUGGAAACCACAGACCUUCCAGAACAACAUGCCUCCUCCUGA